UUGUCCACAAAUCAUGCGUAGGUUGUUAUGUUUCUAGAUUCGGAGGACACUCGACGAAGAAAGACCUAUCUUUGCCACGGCGUGUUUGUUAUUCUGCUGUCAUCGUAUCCAAAAUAUCCUUUAGUAUAAAAGUCGAUAAAAGGGUAGCCCUCAACAUCGGUUUGGUCUUGUUUUCUGUUCGUAUUAAUUCUCUUCGCCUUUCGUGUCGACAGAGCACGUCAAACAAUCUUCGAUUUUGUUAGAUGUAAAGCCACAUCGGCGUCCUGUUUUAACUGAACCUCGUCCAAAAUGUCGAACUGCUCGAAUGUGGUCACGUACAGUUGUUCGAACGAGGGGACCUUGCUUUUGCCGUUCUUGAACGAAUCAGAAUGGAACAAAGGUUUGCGUACUUUUGUUUACUUGAUAGCAUUAUUGUGGUGUUUCAUGGGAGUUGCAAUUAUCGCUGAUAUUUUCAUGUGUGCAAUCGAAACCAUUACAAGCAAAACGAAAAAGGUCAAAGUUGCUAAACAAGGACCGAAAGCAGAAUCCGAAUGGAUUGAAGUCCGUGUUUGGAAUGACACUGUCGCCAAUCUAACGUUGAUGGCGCUGGGUUCCUCUGCCCCAGAAAUCCUCCUGUCGAUCAUUGAGAUUGUUGGAAAUAAGUUCGAGGCUGGAAAGCUUGGUCCAAGUACGAUUGUCGGCUCAGCUGCCUUCAACCUCUUGGUCAUCACUGGAAUAUGCGUAAUGGCCAUUCCAAACUUCGAAUCAAGACGCAUAAAAAACAUUAAAGUUUUUGCUGUUACCGCAGUUACAUCUCUGUUUGCUUACAUCUGGCUAUAUGUGAUUUUGGCAGCUAAUACAAAGAAUGUAGUAGAUCUAUGGGAGGCUAUAUUGACUUUCUUGUUAUUUCCUAUUCUUGUUAUUAUCGCAUAUAUCAUGGAUAAGGAUUUCUGCUGCUCAGAAAAGGUCCAGCCAAACCAACAAACGGGAAUGCUUGAACUAGCAGAAGGAGGUCAAAAGUUUUCAGUUUCGACAGAGGAUCCAGAGGUGACAAGUUUUAUCAAGGAAGUGAGUCAAAUUCCAGAUAUCUCUGAGAAUGAUGCAGCAAAACUUGUUGCUGCUCACAUUAAGUCAAAAGAGCCCAAGAACUAUGGAUACUAUCGAGUAGGAGCUAUUCGAGACAUUGGAGGGGGCCACAAGCUCAAACCUAAAAUGGACCCCAAGUUAAAUAUCAUCUAUGGGGAAUUAUCUGAUGUUGGAUUUUCAACUUCUGGCGCUUCAGCAAUCCUAGCUGGUACCAAAGGGAUAGUUAAGCCAGCAAUAGUUGAAUUUGCUGCUACCAAAUGUGCUGUAUUGGAAAGUGAUAAAGUAGUGAAAAUUGGUGUUCAAAGAACUGGAAAUUUGACAUGUACUGCAACUGUAAAUUAUGAAACUAUUGAUGGRACAGCUACAAGUGAAUCAGACUACAUCCACAAGAAAGAUGUCAUGGUAUUUAAACCAGGAGAGACACUUAAACAUAUCGACAUCACCAUCAUAGAUGACAAUGAGUGGGAAGAAAAUGAGGUUUUCUUUGUCAUGCUGACUCCUUAUGACAUAAAAGAUUCUAGUGUUGCAGUUGGUAAACAAAGCAUUACAGAAGUCACUAUUAUAAAUGAUGAUGAACCUGGCAUUCUUUCAUUUCAAAAGCCAAGCUUUGUGUUAAAAGAGAGCAUUGGAAAAGCAAAGAUAAUGGUUGAACGGACAAACGGAACCGAUGGAAAGAUAAGUGUCCAAUACAAGACAAAAGACCAGUCAGCCAUCUGUGGGAAAGAUUUCAAUGGAGGAACUGGAGUGUUAACAUUUGAGCAUGGCGAGCAAAUCAAGCACAUUGAUAUUGAGAUCAUUGAUGAUAAAGCUUUUGAAAAGGAUGAGAACUUCUUGUUGGAACUGAGCGAUCCAACAGGGGGAGCACAGUUGGGAAAAAUCAAGAGAACCAUACUGACUAUUGUCAAUGAUGAUGAGUAUAAAAGGCUAUUUGACAGAGUUGUUUCCUUGACACAUCUCAAUCUGGACCGAUUGCAAUUGGGUUCUUCCUCAUGGGGUAACCAGUUCCGCGAGGCCAUGACAGUAAAUGGAGGUGAUGUGGACAAUGCAACCACCAUGGAUUAUAUCAUGCACUUUUUAACAUUUGCUUGGAAGAUKAUCUUUGCUAUUGUUCCACCAUGUUCAUGGGCUGGGGGCUGGGUUACAUUCUUCUGUGCACUUGGUAUGAUUGGACUUCUGACUGCUAUUAUCGGUGACUUAGCUACCAUAUUUGGAUGCUUGAUUGGGCUUAGAAAAGAAGUUACUGCAAUUACAUUUGUUGCCAUGGGAACAAGUCUUCCUGAUCUGUUUGCCAGUAAAACUGCAGCAACACAAGAAAAAUAUGCAGAUGCCUCUAUUGGCAAUGUUACUGGUAGUAAUUCUGUUAAUGUAUUUCUUGGCCUUGGUACUCCAUGGGUAAUAGCAUCAAUAUAUCAUGCAGUCAAUGGAAAUCCUUUCAGGGUCGAGUCAGGAUCAUUAGUGAUUAGCGUCGUUACAUAUUGUGUCUGUGCGUUCAUAUGUAUACUUUUUCUGGUACUAAGACGUUACAUCAAGGCUUUCGGAGGGGCCGAGCUUGGAGGUCCUAGUAAAACUAAGUACUUUUGUGGCAUUUUCUUCAUUUUGCUAUGGAUCAUUUACGUUCUCAUAUCGUCUAUGGUUUCAUAUAACAUUAUAAAGUUUUAGUUUUUAGUUUUGGUUAAACUGUAUGUUUUUCCCCAUAAAUUUAUGAACCAGAGGAAAUUUACAAGCAUUUGUAUGUGAUCACCCAACCAUAAAAUGGCUCUUAUUUCCGCUAUAAAUUGCACUCAAAUUUAGCAAAAAUAAAUUGAAAAUGAUGCACUUUCAAAAUAUGAAGACCAUGUUCAAGUUUUGUAAAGUCAUUACUUUGGUACUCUAUAAUUGAGUAGCAGUUAAAAACAGAGAAUCUAAAUUUGCUUCAUAUUUCUGUUAGAAAGCAGCCUUUAUAUAUAGUGAUGUAGCUUUGUUCACUUUAACACCCUAACAAUAAAGUACUUGAUGUAAGUAUUCUGAUCUCAAUACUGUAUAACAGAACAAAUAAAUUUCAUGAAAAUGAAGACA